UGCUACGAAACUGCAAACUACGUAUUGUACAUGUUGACGGAUGAUGAGCUAGAUAAUUACACAUCGUGGCAAGGAAAUUGAUUAGUGAUGUCAACAGAAAACAAAACCAGUGCACGAAAAAUUGCCAGAGUUUUCUUUAGCUCUCCGUUUGGUGGUCUUGAGGAGGAACGUGAAGAACUGACAAAGAAGUAUUGGCCGAAGCUCUCCCAUCAGUGCUCUAGUGCUGGGUAUGAGUUUGUACCAGUGGACAUGCGAUGGGGUAUCACGUCAGAGCACUCAGCGCAAGCAGCUACUAUUGCCAUUUGUCUGCGGGAAUUGGAUCGAUCUGAUAUAGUUGUUGGGUUCUUUGGACAGCGGUACGGGUGGCAUGGACUACAUGAUGAAAUGCUGCAAAAGACAUUUGAUUUUGCAUUACCUUCCUAUCCUUGGCUGGCAUCAUUUAGGGAUCGGUCUGUCACUGAACUUGAGUUCCUUCACGGCCAUCUCAACAAUCCAGGAGCAAGACCCGCAUGUUUCUUCUUUCGUGAUAAGGCAUAUGAUGAAUCUCAAAGAAUGAAGUUUGAGAAAGAGGGUGAUGGAAGAAGUGCAAGAAAGUUUACACCAACAUGUGAUGGUCCUAAUGCUGCUGAGAUGCUAACAGCUUUGAAAGAAAAAGUGUCUGAAACAAAAGAUCAGGUAUUGGCUUUGCAUACUAGCUACCACACCCCAGCUGAAGGAGCCCGGUUGAUGUAUGAAGCUGUCCACCACUACCUCAAAGACAAUUUACUUGCCCACGGUGGAAGGGCAAUGACCCCAAGAGAGGAGGAGUUGUCAAGACAUGAUGCUUACUACCUUGGUCAUCUAGGAAUGGGAGGGAAAUGCCAUGGAGCUGAUAAGAACUACCAGGAGUUAUACGACUAUGUCUCACCAGAACAUAACAGAAGUAUGCAGAGACAUACAUUGGUUACUGGACUACCUGGAAGUGGCAAAACUUGCUUGUUAAGUAACUUCUUGAUCUCGUUCCAGCAGAAGUUUCCCGCAUCGGCAAUCAUUUACCAUUUUGUCGGAGCAUCAAGUAAAAGUACAGAUAAUAGAAACAUUUUACAUAGAUUGUGUAUGGAACUAGAGUAUCUGCUUGAGGCAGACUCCACCCUCAGACCUGACAUGGGAGUGCAAGAGCUCAAAAAUGAGAUGCAUUCUUUGAUGGGGAAGGUUGUUGCAAAGAGAAAUCACCUGAUAAUCAUCAUAGACGCUUUGAAUAAAAUAAAAAGAGAAGGGAAAACAGCAAAGGUUCUUUAUUGGUUACCUACCAGCCUCCCAGAUGGAGCGCAUUAUAUUGUGUCAACAGUAUCAUCUGACACUGAAAACAUUACGGAAUUAGUUGAACAGAAAAAAUUCAAAAUGCUCACCAUUGCACCUCUGGAUGCUGUGCUAAGAAAGGAGAUAUCCAGGGCAAUGUUGAUGGUCAGAGGUAAGGAGCUGUCGUCAACUCAGGAGCCAAAGGUCAUUGGCAAAGAGCAGACGUCAAAUCCUCUCUACCUCAUGAUUUUAUUACAGGAACUAUGUAAUUUUGGCAGUUUCUUUGAGUUGGAUGAUUAUAUUAAUAGUUUACUUGAAGCAAAUGACACAAAUGGGUUGUUCCAGAAGCUACUUCACAGGUUAGAAAAAGACUACAAUUCAGGUUCCAGCAAAAACAUAGUUGAAGAGAUUAUGUGUUGCAUUUGGGCUUCACACGAUGGUAUAUCUGAGAAUGAAAUCAAGGUGAUUGCCAAAGUCAGCGAUCAGGAAUGGUCGCAAAUAUUUUUUGCUGCUGAGUCUUUUUUAAUUGAAAGCUCAGGUCUAUACAGGUUUGCUUAUCCUGAGCUGUCAUCCGCUGUAGAAAGCAGAUACUGUCAGAAUACUAAUGAUGGCCACAAACAUAAAGAAAAGCUAAUCAAUCACUUUUGUGCUGUCCUCAAUAGGCUGAGCCAUAGGUUUGACAGCAAGGUUCCUGUACGAAUCUUACAAGAGCUGCCAAGUCUACUGAUGUCUGCAGGCACAACUGAGGACCUCCAGAAUUUCCUUUUACACCCUGCUGUUUUCUACACACUCCAAAGUGGUGAAAGCAGUGCUUAUGACCUUAUCAGCUACUGGAAUUCGACUGGACUUUCAGGAGACAAGGUCAUGUCAUCUUACAUGAAGAUGGUUGACGACCAAUCAGUUCUUCUCUACCUUGACAAUCUGGAGAUUGGUUCAGGUGAAAGUGACUCACCAGCAAAGCAGGUAAAAAUGUUGAUACCACUUGUAAAUGCAGUUGCAGACUUUUUACAGUUAGCAGGUCACAUGACCUGCCAGGAAACUCCUCUGUUGAGGGUGCUACGACUGCAUGAGACUGUAUAUGGGGAGGAUACAAAACAUAGAGACAGUGAUGUCUUGGACCAAUAUUGCAUCAUCAACAAUAAGCUAGCCUGUGCCUAUGCAAGUGCUGAGAAAUUCCAGUUAGCAGAGAAAUACCAUCUGAGGAUUCUAGCACUGAGAGAAAAAUACAUUGAUAAACUUGGAAAGGCAUCUUUGGCGGCAACAAUCAAUAACUUGGCAUUCAUAGAUUAUCGCCAAGGCAACCUUCAGAAGGCCCAUGAACUUUUCUCUAGGGCAUUGCAACUACAAACGGAAAAUGGUGGACGGAAUGAAAGGUGUCUGGCUGAGAGCCACAACAAUCUUGGACAAAUAGAAGCUCAGAUGGGCCAAUAUGAACAGGGUUCUAAACACCUUGAAAAAGCACUAGAGAUUUAUGAAGAGCUCUACUAUGGUAGUUUGCCCCCAAAUGUGGGAGGGACAUUGUUGAACUUGGCCAUGUCGUAUGUUCGUCUACCAGAUAAAAGUGUUGAUGAAAUCUGCAAAAUUUUUCAGAGGUCUGUUGACAUUCGUCGAAAUGCCUUUGGUGAAGAGCAUCCAGAUGUUGCGGAGUCACUGAUGUCAUAUGGCGCUCAGAUGAUGAGAAUGGACCUGAACGAUAAAGCACUUGAAAUGACUCUUCAAGCACUACAAGUGUUCAAGAGAUGCCAUGGAGAUGAACAUCAGGAUACAGUGAAAGCAUUAGAAAACGUUGCCAUAUCAUAUAUGAACUUGCAGGACAUGGCCAACGCACACACAUACUACCAAAAUGCAGGUGAAAUUUUAGAAAAACAAGGGCGUCUGAACAUGUCUGCUCCAGGUCUGAACAAUGCUAUGAUCCAACAUUAUUACAAUACUGGCGACUAUGCUAAUGCCAAACGAUCGUUGCUACGCGUUCUACAAACAGAUUUUGCAACGGAUCAGCAUUUCUCAGUGUUUGCAUUAACACUACAGCAACUCCCACCAGAAGAACAAACCAACGUCAUGGGUAAAUACUCUGUUGAUGCAGGUUUACGCAAAUUUCCUAACAGUCAACAACUACUUGGUAUCAAGAUACGGGAGCUCUCACCAACGGGUGACGCUGACACGUUGCUUAGUUACCUAACCGCUGGUGAAUUUGAUGCCUCCGUCUAUAGCUAUUGCUAUUCUGAGUUCGUCAAAAAUGAGCAAAGAGAGAAUGGCAUAAAGAUCCUAGAAUCUGCUGCAGAGAAAUUUCCAGAUGAUGUGAUAAUUUUAGAAAACCUUGCGAAAUGGCAUGCAUUUUAUAAUGAUUACGCCUCAGCAAUUGCAGUUCUAGAUUCAGCGAGGUCUGUAGAUCCAGAAGAUCUUAAUUUACUGUUGCUUCAUGGCAGGUUACAUGCAUUGUCUGGUAACAUGAACUCAGCAAAGGCUGUCUUUAAAAGUGGCCUAGACAGUGCCAGGGAAAAAGAUGCAACAGAUAUGAUUGAAACAUUUUCAACAAUGUUAAAUGGAUUGGAAGGCUUAGAGUAGAAUUAUGCAGUCAAACUGUUGAAUGGACAUCUUUUACAAUACCCGGUCUAGAAAUUCAACAACUCAUCUGAGCAAGACUAUCAAGAUAGGUAUACAUCUUUACAGAGGUAUGGUAUAGUGUCAGUGACAACAUUCAAACUAAGAUGUGGUCUGCUAGAGCUUGCCAUACCUGGAUGUUGAUAAAAUCCCUGUAAUAUUAGAUUUCACACUUUACCGCAUAUAUUACUUCAUUUUUUCCCCAGAAAAGAAUAGAUUUUAUAUUUAAUUUAACAAGUAUGAAUAUCAGCCUCCACAAAAUAGACAUGUAUUUCACAAUUAAAAAAUAAAAUAAAUUCUCAAUGGAAAUUUUCAAAUAAUUUUACAAAUUUUAUCAAACUCAGGGUACACAAAAUGUUAUAGUUUUAAUCAAUUUAAUCUUAAGUUGUUAAAAAAAAAUGUGUGUGUGUAUAUAUAAGAAAUUUUAUUGUAUCUUUUACUCAAUGAGUACAUAAUAUACAAAAAAAUAUAAGAUAACAUCAGACAUGACAAGAGUGGGGGUAAUUACGACAUAAAAAAUCCAUCUUUUACAUUUCACUUAAUAU